AUGUCCAUGUAUUCCCAUCGCGGCAUGGGCGCUGUGCCCCCAGGCAACGCUCGCCUCAACGAGCUGCUGGAGCAAAUUAGGGCCGAAUUCGAUAGCCAGCAGCGUCAAAGUGAAAACUUUGAGCAUCAGAUCUCGGCGCAGGUCAGCGAAAUGCAGCUGGUGCGAGAAAAGGUCUAUGCCAUGGAGCAAACCCACAUGACGCUCAAGCAAAAGUAUGAGGAAGAAAUCAACAUGCUGCGACAUCAGCUCGAGGUUGCUCGCAAGGGAGCUCCGCAGUCCGGCCUCCAGGGACCUCCUCAGCACGCCGGCCCGUCUCAGCAGCCUCCCUCGAUAGCGCCCGGGAAUGGCCUCUUUAGUGGCAUCAUGGCCGGCAGCAACCCCGGAGGCCUUGCGCCGCCUCAGCCUCAGGCUCCUCCUCAGGAGCACGCACAGCAGCAGCAGCAACAGCAGCAACAGCAACAGCAGCCUCAGCAGCAGCCGCCGUACCAGGCUUAUCCCCCCAACACCAUGCCUCAGCCUCCGCCAAGCACGGCUUCGCCUGGUCCCGGCCGGCGAGCCAUGGCCCGUCCUCCGGGUGCCGUCGGGCCUGCUACCCCCCAGAUCAACACCCCCGUGCCGUAUCCCGGCAAUGCUCAGUCCCCGCAAGUGAGCCACCCGACCCCCGACCACGCUCGCAUGAACCCUCGAGCCCCUCCCCCUCCCAUUAGCAAUGCUCUGGGCGAUCUCGAGGUCGAUGCCGUUGCUCCCCACAACAAGAAGACGGGCAACGACUGGUAUGCCAUUUUCAACCCGCAGGUUCAGCGCGUCCUGGACGUUGACCUCGUCCACUCCCUGACCCACGAGAGUGUCGUGUGCUGCGUCCGCUUCAGCCACGACGGCAAGUACGUCGCCACCGGAUGCAACAAGUCGGCCCAGAUUUUCGAUGUCCAGACUGGCGAAAAGGUUUGCGUCUUGGAGGACCACAGCGCCACCGACAUGGCUGCCGAUCUUUACAUUCGAAGCGUCUGCUUCAGCCCCGAUGGCCGAUACCUGGCCACCGGUGCCGAGGAUAAGUUGAUUCGGGUGUGGGAUAUUGCUACCCGAACCAUUCGUAACCACUUCUCGGGCCACGAGCAAGAUAUCUACUCGCUCGACUUUGCCCGCGACGGUCGUACUAUUGCGUCGGGUAGUGGCGACAGAACCGUGCGUCUGUGGGAUAUUGAGCAGGGCACUAACACCCUCACCCUUACGAUUGAGGAUGGUGUAACCACCGUUGCCAUUUCCCCCGAUACGCAAUUCGUUGCCGCCGGCUCCUUGGAUAAGAGCGUGCGCGUUUGGGACAUUAUGACUGGCUUUUUGGUCGAGCGAUUGGAAGGACCCGAUGGGCACAAGGACUCCGUCUAUUCAGUGGCCUUUUCGCCCAACGGCAAAGACCUGGUCAGCGGCAGUCUGGACCGGACGAUCAAGAUGUGGGAGCUCAGCUCCCCUCGUGGCCCUCCCAGCGCUGGCACUAAGGGCGGCAAGUGCGUCAAGACGUUUGAGGGUCACCGAGACUUUGUCCUGUCUGUUGCGCUGACCCCGGACGCCAACUGGGUCUUGUCCGGCUCCAAGGACCGCGGCGUCCAGUUCUGGGAUCCCCGAACGGGAACGACCCAGCUCAUGCUUCAGGGACACAAGAACUCGGUCAUUUCCGUUGCCCCGAGCCCGCAAGGAGGCUACUUUGCAACCGGCUCAGGCGACAUGAAGGCUCGCAUCUGGUCCUACCGCCCUUACUAG